UUUCCAUGCUAAAUGGCCGCGUUUAUGGAGGAAGCUAUAGCAGAAGCACGUCGAGCACGUGACGCUGGCGAGGUGCCUGUCGGCUGUGUUUUCAUCUACAACGACAAGGUUAUUGCACGCGGUAGCAAUCAGGUGAAUGUGCACAGGAAUGCCACACGUCAUGCAGAGUUCAUCUGCAUUGAUGAUACCUUGGCCUACUGCCGCGAAAAGCGUUUGCCGGCUCGCCAGGUGUUCAGCGAAAUUAGCGUCGUGGUUACAGUGGAGCCGUGCAUUAUGUGCUCCGCUGCCUUGCAUACGCUAGCCGUCAAAGAGAUCAUCUAUGGCUGUGAAAACGAUCGAUUUGGUGGCAAGACCGUCGUCGAUGUGGCAGAGGUGGUUGGCCAGCGCAUUAGCAUUACAGGCGGUGUGCGCUCCGAGGAGGCCAUGGCUUUGCUCAAAGAGUUCUAUAAAGGCGACAAUCCGUCAGCGCCGCCAGUGGCGAAACGAAAGAAAUGAUUGCCAUAAGCUGCAGCUUGUGUUCAU